CGCUCUGACGUCGCACUAGGCGCCCGGAAGUGGCGGUCAGGCUUGCUACGACAGCUGGCUGCGCUGAGUUGGCGGUUGCUUUACUGUUGCGGUGAGGAGGCGAGACGGGGAGGCGCUGGGGCCAAGAUCAUGCCUAACCGAGAGCGGUUUCCUGGGCAGCAGAGACCGCUAGGGUUGGGAUGAAAGAAGCAGGGCAGAUGCAAAAUCUGGAGAGCGCGGGCGCCGGGCGGUCAGUCAGCACCCAGACUGGCAGUAUGACCGGUCAUAUACCAAGGCUUUCUAAAGUCAACCUUUUCACUCUGCUCAGUCUCUGGAUGGAACUCUUCCCAGCCACAGAAAACCAAAGGCACAAAUCUCAGAAGGAAGAGGGAAAGCAUGGAUCCUUAGGAGAUAAUGAAGACAGAGCCAGAGUACCUACUGACAAAAAACAGGUGAAGAGAACCGGUCUUGUGGUGGUGAAAAACAUGAAAAUUGUUGGUCUGCACUGUUCUAGUGAAGAUUUGCAUGCUGGGCAAAUUGCUCUUAUUAAACAUGGGUCAAGGCUGAAAAACUGUGAUCUUUAUUUUUCCAGAAAACCAUGUUCUGCUUGUUUGAAAAUGAUUGUGAAUGCUGGAGUUAACCGGAUUUCAUAUUGGCCCACUGAUCCAGAAAUAAGUUUGCUUACUGAGGCUUCCAGUUCUGAAGAUGCAAAGUUAGAUGCCAAAGCUGUGGAAAGAUUGAAGUCCAAUAGUCGGGCUCAUGUGUGUGUUUUACUUCAGCCUUUGGUGUGUUAUAUGGUGCAGUUUGUAGAGGAGACCUCUUACAAGUGUGACUUUAUUCAAAAAAUUGCAAAAGCACUGCCGGAUGCUAACAUUGACUUUUAUUCUGAAUGUAAACAAGAAAGAAUAAAAGAAUAUGAAAUGUUAUUUUUGGUUUCAAAUGAAGAGAUACAUAAGCAAAUACUGAUGACUAUAGGUUUGGAGAACCUAUGUGAAAAUCCGUACUUUAGCAACCUAAGGCAAAACAUGAAAGACCUUAUCCUACUUUUGGCCACAGUAGCUUCCAGUGUGCCCAACUUUAAACACUUUGGAUUUUAUUGUAGCAAUCCAGAACGGAUUAAUGAAAUUAACAAUCAAAGUUUGCCACAAGAAAUUGCAAGGCACUGCAUGGUUCAGGCCAGGUUAUUGGCAUAUCGAACUGAGGAUCAUAAAACAGGAGUUGGAGCAGUCAUCUGGGCAGAAGGAAAAUCUAGAAACUGUGAUGGAACAGGAGCGUUGUACUUCAUAGGAUGUGGUUAUAAUGCUUUUCCUGUUGGAUCUGAGUAUGCUGACUUUCCCCACAUGGAUGACAAACAGAAAGACAGAGAAAUAAGGAAAUUCAGAUACAUUGUACAUGCGGAACAGAAUGCCUUGACAUUUAGAUGUCAAGAAAUAAAGCCAGAAGAAAGAAGCAUGAUUUUUGUGACAAAGUGCCCAUGUGAUGAGUGUGUACCUUUAAUUAAAGGUGCAGGCAUAAAACAAAUCUAUGCAGGGGACGUAGAUGUUGGAAAAAAGAAGGCAGACAUCUCUUAUAUGAGGUUUGGAGAACUUGAGGGUGUUAGCAAAUUUACAUGGCAGCGGAAUCCAUCAGGAACUUAUGGUCUUGAACAAAAUGAGCCUGAAAGGAAAGAGAAUGGUGUGCUGAGACCCAUACCUCUGGACGAAGACCAGCACCAAAACAAGAAGCUGUGUCUUGGAAACCGCUAAGAAGUCCUGUCUAACUUGGAGCGAAGGCGCCAAGGAUUUUUAUUGCACUUUUAAAAUUCAGCCUUGUUAACUCAGAAAAUAAGGGUGAAUUUUGUGAAUAAUUGGAAGGGUUUUUUUAAGGGAGAUAAUUUAUUACUAGCAAAUGAAUGAUGUUAAUGAGAAUAUUUUUAUUGUAGAUUUAUUUGCCUGUUUUCCAGAUUAUGGUAGUGCAUCUUUUAUUACACUAAAUGAGGUUGCAUUAGUUUAAUGAGAAGAAUGUCAUCACCAGUAGGGAUGAUUGAUUUCUACUUAAUUUUUUUUUUUUUUUUUUGACUUCAUACUAGCCAGUUGGAAACAGUCUGAUUCACUGGAGAUCACAUAUCAGCCAGGAUUACUGCCCCUUUUUUGAGAAAUUAAGUUAAUUAAAAGGAUGCCAGUUAGUAAAUUGCCAGAUUGUAAAUGACAAUCUUGCCAUCUUUUAAGAGUCAGUGCAUGGCUAACCAAAAGGUCACGUUUAUACCCAAAGUAUUCUAAUAAUCAGAAUUCACUUAAUUAGGAUUGACUCAUAGAAAUAAAGCUGGUAGACCUGGUCUCUAUUUUAAAAGUGUAUUUCUAAAAAGGUUAUUAAUUUUUCUUACAUCUUUUGAUAUGUAGAAAUCACAAUGGUUUGUUGGACACUAGGGUGUUAUAUCUCUGAUUUGGGGUGACAGUAGGAAGAGACCCAAUGUUUUAGUAAUCACAAUAGAUGUAAAAGGGACUGAACUUGCCCAUUAAAAAUACAGUCAGAUUGUUUUAAAGAAACAAAAUUCAGCUCCACGCCUUUGACAAGAGAAACAGUGCCUGGCACACAAUAGGCCCUCAGAUUAUUCUGAGACAUCAGCAAUGAACAUCAAAUUUGGGUAUAAUUUAAAACAGAGAAGAAAUAUUUUAGCCAGAAGUAUUGAAACUAGCCUUUUUAAAAUCCCAUUCAUAAAUGCUGUCUAUUUUUUGCUUCCAUAUAAUUAACAUGGACUGUCUCAUGGCUUUGACCUUAAAAAAGAAGGCCUUUUAAAAACAUUUCCAAGCCUAAGAAUACUGAAGAAACAGUCUUGAGAGUAAGUAUUACAGUCAGUGCUGUUAUGUUCCAAAUCGCUCUUUGUGAUCCCCUCGUUUUUACUUGCUGAGAAAUUUUCAGAGAAUUAGUCCAAAGGUGAGCCCUUGUGUUUUGUUUUGUACUUCUCUGGGGUUAGGGAGGGCAUUGCAGUGCCCAUGGCCCUCUGGCUUGGGGUGUGACAUCACAAGAAACUGUGUCUCGGGGUGCAUGGAGGCCUUCAGGUUUUGCCUUUGCUUUUGCCCCCUUCCUUUCCAUGGCACCAGAAGCCUGAGAGGGCCGCCCUGCUUGUUUCAGUGGGGUCAGAUGUUGACCGAAUGCCCCCUGCUUGCGCAGCAGCUUGCUUAGGUGGCUUGGGAGUUCAGAGUCGUCAUACCAGGCAGUUGAGAACUGCCGUAUCGUGGAGUAGGGAGGGAGGGGAGACGUUAUCCUUAGAGGUAACAAAUGCUAAUGUAAAACCUACCAGUUAAGCUAUUCUUUAAUAUUUAUUAAUGUAAAAACACUAAGAUUGUUUAUCCCCAAAUUGCUUUACUAUGUUAAUUACAUGUGCUUAAGUUUUUCUUGGAUAUGUUGUUUGUUACUAAUAUGUCAGCUACACCAAAUAUUUUCCAAAUUAAUCAGCCAAUAUUUUGUAAGCACUAAAAGCCUGGUAUAUUGCCAGGUUUAUGGAUUUAUGUGUUGGGCAUUGGGAUGGGACAGGAGAAGGGAAAAUUACACAAAUGGGAAAAACUAUGAUUAGGAGAUAAAACAUUGAUGUUUCCGUAUCACUAUCAGUGUGUGUGUGUACAUAUAUUUUCUGUGUGUGUGUGUGUAUAUAUAUAUUUUUUACUGCUGAAUCCCAGUGCCUAGAACAGUGCCUGGCACAUAAUAGGCCCUCAGUAAAUAUUUGUUGAUUGAUUGAAUGACUGCUAGACACUGGCUAGCCCCUGGGGAUGUGGAGAUGUAUAAGAAAUGACACUUGAUCUCAAGAAGUCUAGUGGAAAGUACAAGCAUGUAAUCAAGUAAUUAAGAGCAGUUAUUCCCAGAGUGUGGUUCCUGGCUCAGCAGCAUUAGCAUCACUUGACUGUUUGUUAGCAAUGCAGUUCUUUCGGCCCACCCUAGAUCUAUUUAAUCAGGAGCUCUGGGAGGUGGGGUCCAGCAGUCUGUGUUCACAGGCCGUCCAGAUGAUUCUGACGACCUUCAUGGUCGAGAACCACCACUGUGGAUGUAACUGCAGGAGCAGUGGUGGCCCCAGAAGAGGACAUGCACACAUCUGGUAAGUCUUGGAGAAAUGAAGGUGGAGAUACUUGAGGUGGGUUCUGCAGGGGGCACAAGGUUGGCCAGGCAAACACUGGGGCAAGAUGAACUUCGGAGAGGAAGUGGUGGAGACGGAUGGCCACACUGGGAAAUGGGAAAGGGAAGGACUGGGCAUGCACUCAAGGAUUGCCGAGCUGUGCCCAGAGGUCACAGGUUGGAGAAGCUGUGUGUAGCAAUCUUGAGUAAGCGCUGUUAACCCACAGUCAAGGGGCUUCAUCUCUUAGCCUGAAAAUUCAGAAUUGCACUUAAAAAAAUAGCAUCUUCCUUAAUUCCAAAGAUUAGGAGGAUAAUAGUAAAUUCAUAACUUGUUAAGAAUAGCCGUACUAUUGGUUUACUGCCACAGUGAUGACAGACUAUGCUGACGUUAGGAUAAGCUGUGAGACAACACACCGAGUCUGUGUGAUGCUUACGGGUGAUGCCCAAGUUCUAGAUAGACAGGAAGCCCCAUUUCUAUCAUGUCCCUCUGAUAACAGUCUGAACACGUUAGCAUGUGGAAAGUAGUUUUUAUUACUACAAAAAGAAGCAAAUAGCAUGUAGUAGAACGAGCAAUAACCCCUGACUCAAAAGCUGUCCAGUCAGAGAUGACGGCUCUACCGUUCACACUGGAAACUGCCCUGGUGGAUGUCGAGAACUCUUCCACACCUGCCUUCCACCUAGCAUCGUGGGUGAGGGUCAUAGUGGGAGCCAGGUAGGUUCAGUUAGGUGGACUGUAAGCUAAUGCUAUGUGUGCCCCACCUGCACCGUGGCUGAGAAGACAGAGAAAAAUCCUCCCCAAGCUGUUUUCAUGGAGACCUGAUGGCAUAGUGGUUAAGAGUUCAGCUGCUAACCAAAAGUCGGCAGUUCAAAUCCACCAGCUGUUCCUGGGAAACCCUAUGGAGCAGUUCUCUGGUCUAUAGGGUCGCUGUGAGUCAGAAGCGACUUGACAGCACCUAACAACAACAACUGUUUUAUACCCCCAAUCUGUGUGCCCCAUUUUUCGCACCCAGUCAUCCUAGGAGGACACCUUGGCACCUUGCCCAGAAUUGUAUCUUUCACCCUGCUACCAUUUACACAAGCCAUUAAGCCGGGCCAGGGGAGAGGGGGUGCAGUGAUUUGUUUGGAAGCCUUAAGAUGCCAGCAGGGGAGCAACAGGGAUCACGUGGCUGCCAGGCUUGUCCGGAGGUCUGCCUUCUCACACAAGCAGUAGCCUAGUGUACUCCACAUCGGUAACCUACACAGACUUAUGCAUAUGGUGUCAUGGUGUUACUGCUGAAGCUUUUUCUUUUACCUGGCUUUUCUGUGUUGUUGUUUUCCUCAGUUAUUUAGUGAGCUUGAAAAUAUACCAUCACUCAUAAGCCUUCCUCGUUUUACACAUCAUCAGCUCUGAUUAAAUACUAGAUUUGAAUGGACCUUGGAGCUCAUUUGUUUAGUACAAUUCUUCUCACAGAUCUGGAACUGUAGGGCCAAGAAAGGUGAGGUGAUACCUUCACUCACUGAUGGUCUUGCUAGCUUUCGACUUGCCAGUGUCCUUUCACUUUUUUUUCCUCUAGUAACAUUUGCACCCUGAAAAUACUAGUUCAGCAUGUUUCAAGGACGUAAAUCAAGCAGGAUCAAGGUUUU